ACUCAGCUAGAGCGUCACUUACUUGCUCAAGCCACCAGGUCCAGUGCUACACCUCUCCACUCACUCCUUUAAACACGGUGUCCAAAGCCUCAAGUGUUUUACGGCUCCUGGGAUAACUUAAAGUGUUAAUCGUUCUCCAAUUGUACAGUGUUGGGGGUGUAUUGGACAUCGCAGUGACCUAUCAAGUGCUCAACAAUACUGUGAUUAUAGUGGGACUCAUAAUAACUCACUGACAACUUGACGAGUGCAGUGCAAGUGUAAAUAAAUCACUCAUUUCUCUCUUUAAACUGUCUUUCAUGUUGACCAAAUUGAACCUAAAACUUAUCAUUCAAAAGUAAAUCGUGUUGUGGGAUGUUACUGUUUAUUGUAAAACUGGAGUGAUUGAUAUAAAUUACCAGAUUAAUAGUGUUUCUGGGAACUGUUUGACGAUUUUGGAUUACAAGUUACAGAAGACUUCCUGUAAAGAGCUUCAAUAAUUGCCGCCAGAGAGGAACCACCAUGGAGUGGAUGGUGAUGAAUAUGGAUCGAUUCUUCGCCCCGACCAUCCAAUUAGGAGCUUAUGUGGGUGACGACAAGUACCUCGUGGUGCCCAACUGUCAGACUAAGAUUGAGGAUAUUCUUCAUCGCCUCAACCAAGACAAGGCUCGAUGGCACUACAGGCGCUCCUUGUUCCUCAAUAAGAUCAUCUCCAAGAACCUUUUGCCUAUACUGGUACACAUUAAGGAGGACCGAGGACUGAUUGAGGCAACAGUGAAAGUCCUUCAGGAGUUGAUGACCCCUGUGGAAUGCCUCAUGCCCGCCGAGAUUAUGAGUCGCAACAAUGAGGGUCAUCGAAUUAUCCAUGAGUUGGAAUCAUCCAUCGUAUCGGCCAAGAAACUUUUCCUUGACACUCGCGUCACAAAGUCUAUUAUUGACUUGAUGAGUUCAGUCUUACAGGACUCAAAGAUCUUGAGCCUUCCUGAGUGUGAGCUGAUAAACCAGUGUCUCCUGUUAGUAAGAAACUUGUUACACGUGAGCAACAUCCCAAGUGUUCACCAUAAAACAACCUACAGUUCCCCUGCUGCUGCUAAACAACAGGGAGGAAACGGUCCAGCAAUAAUCACAGAAGACCAGAUCAUGUGGAACUUGUUUGCUCAGCGCUUCGAUAACAUAUUAAUACAGCUGUUGACGUGUGACCAACAGCAUCUGUGGAACAUCACGAUGGUCCAGCUUGUGUCCCUCAUGUACCGGGAGCAGCAGCAGGGGACGAUACGGAAGCUGAUUAACGAAUGGCUGGAGUCGUCCCUAUCAGAGAGCUCGGAAGACGACGAAAAUAACCCCAUGUCGUCCUCGUCUUCGGAUGCCAUCUCCACGUCAGAUCCGGUCUCCGAUUCCUCCGAGAGACUCUCGCCGGUGGACGGCAUGGUCAAGGUGGAGAAAGACCGCGACAAGAUAGUACAAAUGAAUGAAAACUCAGACACUUCACGAGAGACCCGGAGAAAAAUGGAUAAGGAGGACAGCAGUAAAGACAGUGGGUUUGGUAGAUCAGGGUCCAACAUGGACUCCUCCCCUGAUGAAGGUGCAUCUGAAGACACCACUAGAGACUCCCCACUACACAAACAACAACACAGAGAUAACCGGAAUAAUACAAAGUUAAGGUACCCACAGUCGUCCACUAAGGGGUCUGCGAGGCAGACAUUGACUGGGCAAAGUUUUGUGUCUCAAAAGGAAAUGCAAGAUGAAAAAGUGUUUGGAAUGGCUACCUGUUGUUUAGAAAUGGAAAAUGCCAAAGACGUUAUGUGUGACACGAAGAGUCUAGAAGAGUACGAGGGCAAUGAGCGUGUGGAGCACGUGUGUGACCGCGGCGCCUGUGAGGGCAGCAGUCCUAUACCAGGCAUGGAACAACCCUCUCCCCUUUCUCUGCUUCAUAAUGAGAGUGGAGACUCCAAUCCUCAUCAGUUCAUGGACAAUGGUCAAGGAGAGAACAGUACAGUUGAACCAUAUUUAUUAGAUGAAAAUCACGGCGAGCCUUUAGUCCUUCAGGGGGACACCAUGACGCCCAUGGAAGACAAUACGGUGAAGCAACAGAUCUGUCUCUCUCAAGAAACGGUUAAAAGACCACCAAAUGAGGAGGAGUCGGGAUCUAGCGGGGACUCCAGCGAAAAGAAACCCCCACCACAAUUACCCAAACUUCUUAAAAAUAAACCUCUAACGGGUCAAAAGCGUUCCAGACACACCAUGUCACAGAAGAUGCUUUCUGACACCCAAGAGCACAUAGAGUCGAGUAACUCGACGGGCUCGGAGUGCGACGAGGGUCCCCACGCUAAGCGACCGCACCAUCAGAAGCCUCAUAAAAUGCUGAGUAAACCUCGACCGGCAAAGAUGUUACAAAAAGCUCUACAGGAGAGAAACAUCAAACGAACUAAAUUAAUUAAAAGAAAAGAGAGCAACGGCAUAAACGCCAAAGCGCUCCUACACCAUCACCCCACGGCGGACGACAUCUCCAACUUACUCAAGGAAUUUACAGUCGAUUUUAUGCUUAACGGUUACUCCAACUUGCUACAGGGUCUCCGGCUUCAGGUCAUGCUGCCGUAUCAGAUUGACCUGGACAAGUCUCACGUGUUGUGGCUCAUCACCUACUUUCUCCGCUUUGCUGUAGAGUUGGACCUGGAACUGUCUCAGAUAUGUCCAGUUCUCUCUGUGGACGUGGUGUCGUACUUGGUGUAUGAGGGAGUGGUGAUGCAGGAGGAACUGGAGAGAGCCGUGCGUGGUGGGGAGGAGAACCUGCUGCCCCACGUCCGCCGCCUCCAUCUGGUUGUCACCGCCCUCAGAGAGUUCUUUGUGGCCUUUGAUGUUUGCAUGAAGAAGGACCAGAGCUUGUUUGACACGAGGCAUCUCGUGCGGAUUAAAGAUGAUCUCGGACAGUUGGUAGAGGUGCGGCAACUAUUUGUGUUGCUGAUUCGCUUGUACCGGCCGGGGGUGCUGAAUCUCAAUUACCUUCAGGAUUUAAUCACCACCAACCACCGAUUCCUCACCACUCAGGAAGCCAGCAGUCCCACUCUACCAUCCGACCAAGCUUUUGACAUUGUUAACCACAUCAAGCAAUUCGCCACCAUGGACAUUAUGCGUCAGUAUGGACGACUUCUGGAAAACUUCAACAUUAACGAUGAAACGGUGAACGACUGCAUCUUCACCAUGAUGCACCACAUUGCGGGAGACCUGAGGAAUGUUAAUGUGUUACUCCAGCCGGUCAUCCUUAGAGUGUUCUUACGCAUCUGGAAGGAAGGUUUUGAACUCUGUGUGGAUUGGGCCGAUCUGAUUGAGUAUGUCCUGCGCAAGUGCACACGUGUACGCAUGGAACACCCUAACAAGAAAGAGAACAAGGACUCCCAGAAACCAGCUCCAGAACACGCAGGGAUUGAAUUAACGAACGAGGACCUGGAUCAGCUAUAUACCCUGUACUCCACCUCCACCAGUGAGCAGGACCUGAUGGAUAAGAUCAAGGAGAUAUGCUGUGAUGAUUCUAUUGAGGAGCCCAUCAAGAAGGAGGUAAUCCAGAAGUUACUGGCCCGAGGCUUCAUCACCACAAGUGAAUGUUCUAAACUCUGUGCAGAGAUUCCCACCGUUGAACCCCGGGCGAACAAAUCUGAGGGAGAAAUCAGUCUGGAGUGUGACGUGAUGCUGGUCAGUAGUGACUCCGAGGACUCUGUGGACGACCCUCACACACUCAAGUUAUUUAAGAAGAAGAACUCAGACAAGAGCCCCAGUCUCAAGGUGAAGAGCAUAGACUCCACUAUAAAUUACCUACAGAAACAAGAGAUAAAGAUUAUUCUGGAUAACAAGGAUUCCUGCGACCAUGGACAAGUGUCUGAUAAAGCUGAAGGCAGUGUGGAAGGUAACAUGACCAGCACCGAGGACAGCACAGACUGGGACGACAGUGCAACUAUAGCCUACCUUAUUGAUAAACUUAAAGAAGAAGGAUAUGGGAGUCAAGUGUUGUGGCUGCAGUUGCAGCUUCUAGAAGCAUGUUACUCAAAAGUCAAGUUUAUGGGCCAAGAUGCACCCAAGUCUGAACCUGUCACCUGCCACUUUACCUUAUCAAACCAGUCCAUACCCAUAAUACCAUGGACGGGAGACCAGGAGGAAGCCUUCAGCUCACCAACGUUUCGUCAUCUUCUUGGGGAACUGGGUUUCCAUCUUCCCUCCGACACGGGCAAAAUAUUUCCCAGAAUCCCCCACUUCUGGUGCCCGGAUGUUCUGUUCAUGGUCGCCAAACGUCUUGGACCCAUUCCAUCAAGUACCCUGAAGGUGUCUGUUGAGCGGAUUCAGGAGAUGAUGCAACAGAUGCGAUCGAUGUCUCUCACUGUUGCCCACAGACCCCUUGGCAUUCAAGGUGAAGACUCGUAUGUUGUUAAAGGAACUUCAUCCCUCGACUGUGAUGAUUCAUUUGAGAGGGUCAGCGACUGCUCCAUGGAAAACAAUCGUUCCAGUCCCUCCUCGCCGGUUUCGUCAGUAGACGAGAAGCUUACGUUACUUCACGAUGACGAAUCUUCAAACAUCAGUCUGCCUGCCCAAAGAACCCCUGUGGCUGGUUUGAUGGUAUCUCCAGCAGGCCUUCAACCUGGGAGGCUGACAGAAAUGAGUCCUAACAGCUGUAUAUUUCUCAAGUUGCCAGAAGCAGAGACUCCAAGUGGACACUAUGAGUUAGAUAUCUUAAUGGUAUCCGACCACGAGGAAGCAUUCGAUACCUCAUAGUUAUAACUCCUGGGACCCUAAAGCAGUGAUCACAGAAAGAUUACUAAAACUUUAAGAAAAUUCAGCAUUUAAACUCAUUAUGAAGCUUAUUGUAAAUAUACUGUACAUUUAAAUGGGAAAGCUGUUAGACAAAAAGAGUUUAAAUUUAUAAAUGGAGGAGUUGUCUUUGCAGGUGAAUUAUAUUUUUUUAGUAUGAGAUACAUGUCCUGUACAUUAAUUGUAUAAAUGUAGUAUGUAAUUAUUUAAGAAAAAGUUAUAUUUUUAACAAAUGAUGCCACAGCUUUUAGUCUACAGCUGUUCACAAAUGCCACUUACUAGAUUCAUUCAUGUUCAUUAACAAUGUGUUAGACCUUACUGUUGAUGUAGAACUGCCAAUACCUCUUAAAUUGUAUAUAUUAUUUAAGCAUAACAUUCCUUGACCCCAGCAUUAGUUUAUUGGAGCAUUAUGUUCCUCAGUACAAAUAGUUGAUAUAUAAUUCAAAAUCAUGUAUUAACGCUGGUCUCACAAAAGUAUGUAUUUUCACUUAAUGUAGAUAUGAAAUAAACUUGUUAUAAUGGUUGGAUAAUUUGUGAAGUUAUUCAUCAUUGUAUGUUCUCUAAGUGAAGAGAAGGUACUGAAGUUGCAAACUGGAUACUGGAGACAUCUUGUUUGAUGCCUGGAUCUGUGGAUCCUAUUUUCUAGUCUUAAAAAUCAACCUCAGUGUGAAGCUCAAAUUAAGACUUAUGUAAUAGCAUUUUCAUUGCAGAUAGAUUUUAUAUGGAUCAAUAUUAUAUUGAUUAGAUUGUCGAAGUUUAGUGUAAGAAGCUGUUCUUCUGUCAGUAAAGUUUUAUAGUAUAA